GCAGGUUGGGGGCGUUCCCUGGAGCAGUAGAGGUGGAGGUCGCUGAGGGGUACGAUUUGGCUGUGAUUUUUGAGGGUUGAGGGGAACCCUCCCGACAUCAUUCACGGCCCUGGGUCCUGCCUUCGUUCUGAGGAGGUCCCGUUCCCAAGACAGGGCCUGAGCCGGAUAGUUCUCAGUGACCCCUGUAAAAAGGUCGUCUUACCCCACAAAGAAAUCAUGACCCACAAGUUGAGAACUGCUGACUUAGAAGGACAUUCUCCAUCCUUAUGAUAUUUAAUUCUUCAGACCAGGAAGAAUAAGAUAUGUCCAUAAUUCUCAUCUUUCAUAUUUUCAAGCUCAAGGUCAUUAUUUGUAUCAAAUACUGCUUCAACUUCUCUUGCAGGUAGCCCAUUGUGGAUAUGCUGCUGUUUUUUGCUUUGGGAUUGCUUAUCCAUUUUGUGUUCUUCGCUUCCAUCUUUGACAUUUAUUUUACAUCUCCUUUGGUUCAUGGAAUGACUCCCCAGUUUACACCUUUGCCUCCUCCAGCAAAAAGAUUAGUGCUAUUUGUUGCUGAUGGCCUGAGAGCAGAUACUCUUUAUGAAUUAGAUGAAGACGGAAACUCCAGAGCACCUUUCAUUAGGAAUGUUAUAAUGCAUGAAGGCAGCUGGGGAGUAUCUCACACACGUGUGCCAACAGAAUCUCGGCCUGGCCAUGUAGCCUUGAUAGCUGGAUUUUAUGAGGAUGUCAGUGCAGUUGCCAAAGGAUGGAAAGAAAAUCCUGUAGAAUUUGACUCUCUUUUUAAUGAAAGCAAGUACACGUGGAGCUGGGGGAGUCCAGAUAUCUUGCCUAUGUUUGCCAAAGGUGCUAGUGGUGACCAUGUCUAUACAUAUAGUUACGAUGCUCAAAGAGAAGAUUUUGGUGCCCACGAUGCCACAAAACUGGAUACCUGGGUUUUUGAUAAAGUUAAGGACUUCUUUGAUGCUGCAAGAAACAACCAAUCUUUGUUCACAAAAGUAAAUGAAGAAAAAGUAGUUUUUUUCUUACAUUUAUUGGGAAUAGAUACAAAUGGACAUGCCCAUCGACCAUCAUCAAGGGAAUAUAAGGACAAUAUUAAAAAAGUUGAUGAUGGAGUGAAGGAAAUCGUAUCAAUUUUCAAGCAUUUUUAUGGAGAUGAUGGGAAAACAGCAUUUAUCUUUACCUCUGACCAUGGAAUGACAGACUGGGGUUCCCAUGGGGCUGGUCAUCCUUCAGAGACUUUAACUCCUUUCGUUACUUGGGGAGCUGGAAUCAAAUUUCCUCAAAACGUCUCAGCUCAGCAAUAUGAUGAUGAGUUUUUAAAAGAAUGGAGAUUGGAAACCUGGAAAAGGCGAGAUGUCAAUCAGGCUGAUAUUGCACCUCUGAUGGCAUCCCUUAUUGGAGUCCCCUUUCCUCUUAAUUCGGUGGGAAUACUUCCUGUGGGUUAUCUUAACAACACUGGUCUCUUCAAAGCAGAGAGCAUGUUUACCAAUGCAGUACAGAUUCUUGAACAGUUCAAGGUGAAAAUGACUCAGAAAAAAGAAGCUACUUUACCGUUUUUGUUUACACCAUUUAAGUUGCUUUCUGAUUCUCAACAGCUGGACAUUUUAAGAAAAGCAAGAUCUUAUAUAAAACAAGAAAAAUUUGAUGAAGUAGUGUCCCUCUGUGAGGAGCUGAUUGACCUCGCCCUGAGAGGAUUGUCCUAUUAUCACACUUAUGACAGACUGUUUCUGGGCAUCAAUGUUGCAGUUGGUUUUGUGGGAUGGAUGUCUUAUACUUCUUUGUUAAUCAUCAAGUUGCAUUCUAAUAUCCCAAAAGGCACUAGGAAGGAAGGUAAGAAGCCACACUAUCUCCUGCUUUAUAGCUUCAUAGCUAUUGGUGUCUUAGUAGCAUGUUUCCUGAUGAUCCAAGCCUGUCCCUGGACUUACUAUGUGUACUGCUUGCUGCCAGUGCCUAUAUGGUAUGCAGUUCUAAGAGAACAUGAAGUUAUUCAAGACCUGGUUGAAUCACUAUUGACUUUUCCUCGGAGCCAUUUUGUUGCCUACUUGCUUGUCUUUACCUUGGGCAUUGAAGUACUGGUGCUCAGUUUCUUCUACCGCUACAUGUUGACAGCGGGACUGAUUGUGUUUGCAGGCUGGCCGUUUCUCACUCAGCUGUGGACCCGAGCAAAGAUCACCUUCCUGAGUUGGGCUUUCUUCUCUUUGCUUCUGGCAGUGUUCCCACUGAUGCCUGUUGUGGGUAGAAAGCCAAACCUGUCUCUAGUAAUGGGUGCUGGAUUCCUGGUUCUUCUGCUGUCGCUGGCUGUUGUAACAACUCUCAGAAAAAGAAACAUUAAAUUGGUAAAGGACGAGCUGUUGGUACUUCUGUUACAGAUGCUGAGUACAGUGGUCUCUAUGUAUGUGGUGUAUAGCACCCACCACAGUCUGUUAAAGAAAGAAGGCCUGCCUCUUAUGAAUCAGAUUGUGAGCUGGGCAACAUUAGCCUCUUCUCUGGUGGUACCACUCCUGAGCUCCACAGCGCUCUCUCAGCGACUGGCCAGCAUACUUCUUUCCCUGAUGUCGACCUACUUGCUCCUAAGCACCGGGUAUGAAGCUCUCUUUCCUUUAGUGCUGUCCUGUUUGAUGUUUGUCUGGAUUCAUGUGGAACAAGAGACCCUUCAACAGCCUGGUGUUUGUUGUAAACAGAAGCUUACCAGCAUCCAGUUCACCUGUAAUACUGAUAUAGUUCAGUUCCGACAGCUCUAUCUGGAUGACAUCCGUAGGGCCUUUUUCCUCGUUUUCUUUUUAUUAACUGCAUUUUUUGGAACUGGAAAUAUAGCUUCUAUUAACAGCUUCGACCUUGCCUCUGUGUAUUGCUUUCUGACAGUGUUUAGUCCUUUCAUGAUGGGAGCACUCAUGAUGUGGAAGAUUUUAAUUCCUUUUGUUCUUGUGAUGUGUGCUUUUGAAGCAGUUCAGAUAACUACACAGCUGUCCUCAAAAGGCCUUUUUCUUGUUGUUCUCAUCAUAUCAGACAUCAUGGCUUUGCAUUUUUUCUUCUUGGUCAAGGAUUCUGGCAGCUGGCUUGAUAUUGGAACAAGCAUCAGCCACUAUGUGAUUGUCAUGUCCAUGACCAUCUUCCUGGUAUUUCUUAAUGGCCUGGCACAAUUGCUCACAACAAAGAAACUCCAACUGUGUGCCAAACCCAAAAGCCAUCUUAUGUGAUGUUGGUGAAGCCAUCAGUCAGCAUGCAUCCUGAUUCUCCUUCUUAAAGAAAAGUCCCACCAAGGAUUCAAGAAAAUGGAUAUUGGACCAGUGAAAUGGCUCAGCGGGUAAAAGUUCUUGUUGCACAAGCUGACAACCUGAGUUUGAUCCCUGGAACCCACACUGGAAGGAGAAAACAGACUUCCAAAGGUUGUCCUUUAGCCUCCAAGUACAUGCUGUGACACACACACCAUGCACUUGCACAUAUGUCAUGCAUGUAUACAUCACAUGCAUACAUGAUGACACUGCAGUUUUAAGAGAUGAUGGAUAAUAAUGCACAGUACAUUCUCAUCUAGAGAAUGUUGCAUCUGGCAUUCUGGAUUUACAGGUGUUCUGAAAUAGUAGUUUUUCUUUUGUCUGACAGCUUUUCCCAGUAAUGUUUGAGAGCACCUGCAGCCCUUUGCUCCUCACUGUCAACUUCAUGUACCUGUGGGGGUGGUACUGACACUCUACAAAGUCAUUCCCAAGUGGGGACUGAAUGGAACCACAGGUUACCACAUAAACCCAGCGUUGGCUUGCUUUUGUGGUAGCUCUGACUGCUGGAACAUGUGAUAAGUAAGACAGGUGGGGCUGCAAUCUGGGAUUUACUGAGCCUCUGAGCAAAGCUGUCUACCAGGCUUUGCCAUUUCUGCUCCUGCAGUAUGUUGGCUUGUGCCUCUCUGUGCCACUUCUGGGGUUCUCAUAGUCAGCCAAUUAGCAAAGCUUUCACCUUUACAUUUUGUUAAUUUCUGGAUCAUCUUCAAAUUUUGGGAGACUCUGUGGCUUUGUUGAUUAUUGUUUCAGUGUCAGUCCCCAAAUCAGUGGCUGUAGUUUCCUGACAGUAUCAUAAAGAAUCAAAUAAGCUUGCUACUCUUUUGUCUUGAUAUUCUAGCUAGACCAAAGGCCAGCCAUCUUAAUAGAGUGAGCUUUCCCUUUGUAUAUUCUAAUAUAUGAGGUAAUUUGAGAGUAAUUUUUAUUUGGGUUUUCCAUAAAGUGACCUAUACAGUGUAGAGUUACCUGUACAAUACUGUUAAGUGCUAAUAUUUUGCUGGUAUAUAUCCCAUUUUAAAAAACAGUUGCUUUUUUUGAUUCAAGUUAUAUUACUAGUCUACAAAAGCUCUUUACAAGUUUUUAAACUUUUCAAAUUGGCAGGUAAGGAAAUAUGUAUCUAGAAGAGUAAGCUCAGCUGAGCAAAAUAUACUUUAUUUUCUACUGAUAUGGCAGGAAACCCAUUAUAGUGCAUUGAGCGAGAAGUACUAAUCCUAACACAGGCAUCACUGUGGAACAGUCUAGGUGGCAGCUAUGCUGACACAGGCAGAACCAGGACCCAGCUAUCUUCCUAGACCCUCAGGUGACUUCUGACCCCAUUAUAUGAACACUUAACCACAUUCCUCAUUUACAGGGGUUAAUUUUAAGUGUGUGUGUUCAUGCACAUGAGCACAGGUGCCCUCAGAGUCCAUAAGAGGGUGUGAGAUCCCUGAAGCUGUAGUUACAAAUUGUGAGUUGUAAGAUACCUAACAUGGGUACUGAGAACCAAACUUGGGUCCUCUGCAAGAAUAUUAUUUACUUUUUAAGUACUGAGACAUCUCUCCAAUUCCAGAAUUAAUGUUUUUAAACUAACAGAAUAAAUGGUGCUUUCUGCCUUGUAUUUUUCAUUGUAUUCCCCAGAGUCCAUUCUUAUGUCUGGGCUGCUUCCAGUCUGUAGAAGGCACUGCUUCUGCUAUUGCAGCCCUCCCUGCAGCACUCAGCCAGACACUCACAGUCAUUGGGGAGCACUCUUCCCUCUGGCACAGUGUUUCUCAUAUCUUGAAAUGUAUAUUUUUGUACUGAAUAGCAGAAGUAAAUGAGAUUUAGGCAACAUUUUUAUUUCUUUUUAAGGUAUUUUCUUCCUUUUGUUAAUAUUAUACUAGGUUUCAAAAUGAAAACUUACAAAAUGUGCCAGUCAGCAUUGUUUAAAUUAGUAAGUGCUUUAGGAAAGUAGGGAUAAACUGGUAUGGUGGCAGAUAUCUGUAAUUCCAGCACUAGGGAGGUGUAGGCAGGAGAUCAUGAGUUGAAGGCCAUAGAAAAUUAGACACCAGCCUGUGCUUCUAAAGCCCAAUGUUUUCUAAAAAGAAUUAAAGUAGGCAUCUCAAGGUGAAAUUAAUUAAAAUAUUGAAUGACAGCUGAAUCAUGAAUGAAUUUUUGUUUACUGACUAUAUAAUGAAUGAAUUUUUGUUUACUGACUAUAUAAUGGUCAUAAUUUGACAAUAAGUUCUUUGUAUUUUAUUAUUUAGUGUAUAAAGUCUUAGAACACAAAAUGCUUUCCUACAUUUUAGAAAAAAGUAUAUUACAAGCUGAUGUGGUGAGACAGGCCUGACUAUAAUCCCAAAGUUUACAAGGCUGAGGAGGAGGAUCACAUGUUCAGGGUCAACAUAUACAACACAUGUUACAUGAGACCCUGUAUUAGGAAACAAUGAGGAAGGGGACUGUUGUAUUAUAAAAUGGCUGUAUGUGAAGAAUGAUGUAACCUAAUUAUCAGGGAACUGAACUUGAAAGUGACUCAUUAGUUAGUGUGGCUUCUCAUGAAAACCUCAUUCCAGAUUUCAUGCUACUUACAUAUCAGUCCUCCUCCCUGCUACCACCUGCACCUUUACAUACUGUUAGCAAUCAAGGGCUCCUUUGUUCUUCCUUUGGAAACUAGUUUCUACUGCUAGUAGUUCAGUGGGUAGUGAAGUGCUACGCAGUCAUGCCUUUAGAGACAGGCAGCCACUAAGUGUUCCCCUCUCCUUGUGGGAGCCAAGUGAGUUCAUUUUCCCAUUCGAUGCCAUCUCAUCAGGAAGCUAGAAUGACACUGAACCAACUCAGUAACGGAGAGUUCCCAUGUCCCACUAGUACUCAGGAGCCUUUAAGAGACCAAAGGUAGCCUGAUCAGGGGCUCUCCUUUCCUCAAUAGUGUUUAAGAUUAUUGUGCUGUGUGCUUCCUGUCCCUGGUAAUGUCUUGGCAGCAUUUCCCAUUUCCUCCCUGGUAUAGUUUGUAAAAAUAGAUUUCUCAAUGUAAUUCUGUUAAGAAAUAAAAAUAUUUGAUUUGUA